AUGCCAAAAGUUCAAACGACAACAACAACAUCUCGUGCUUCACCUGUUGGUGUCACAGCUGGCCAAAACGAACAAUCGUUGGGUCCUAACUUACAAUCACGUCUUGAGGCACUUGAAGCUGCCAUGGGUGUUCGGCUAAAUGUAGCCAAACGGCAAGGACGACAGUCAUUGUCAAAUACUGCAAGUUCCUCGCCCAUGCAAGUAUCACCUACAUCAACAUCAUCAGCGACAUCAAGUACAACUACAACAACUUCAUUAUCAACAUCAUCUCGUCAUAAUAUUCUAAUACGUUCUGGUCAAGGUGUACAACGAUCUGCUUCCUCAUGUGAUGUUGAAAAUCGUCCAGGUCCCUUUAAACGUCUCAAACCGUCACUACCAAUAGAAACAUCUUCUUCAUCUACUGCUUCUGCUAUUGCUACAAUAAAAAAAUAUACACCACCUGCUCGUCGUCCUAUAACAACAAUCACGGCACCUAUGCGUCCUAUACAAUCGAAACAAACGACUCUAAUCAAACAACGAUCAUCACCGAUGGAUACUGUACCCGUACGUUCAACACGCACAUCUACGGCAAAUAAUAUUAAUUCAAAUCCUCGCCCAUCAGUUGGAGUUUCAACUAAAACUUCUCCAACAUCACCAGGAAAGCCAACAGUAAUUAAUACAUCGUCAUCAUUAUCUUCACCAUCAUCUCCGCCUCCACGACGACCACGACCACUACCAUCACUACCAUCAUCAUCAUCUUCGUCGUCGUCGUCAUCAUCAUCACCACCUCCGCCACUACCACCACCAACUUCACCACCACCACCGCCACCACCACGUUCAACAUCCUUACCACAAAAACAACGUUUAUCCAUAUUUGGUGAACAAUUUUCCGAUGAUAUACUUAAAACGAAUUUAUUAUGGAUUCAUUUAAAUGAGUUUGAUGAUGAAAGUCGUACAGAAGUACUUAUACAAUUUGGUUCAAUAGAGAAUUUUCUUCACGAACAACAACUUCUUUAUGCUAAACAACAACACCAACUGAAGUUAGCAGCUAAAAAUAAAACAGUUAUAAAUCGAUCACGAUUUCAAUUACUGAUACCUAAAAAGGACCGAUUAGAACUUCUUUAA